AUGUUGGCUUUCCCUGUCCAAGCCGAGGCAGAUCUGGCCAAGGUCGGCGUCGGCGUGACCAAGGAGGCGCAGUCCAUCUUUGACGCCCUCUCCAAGACGCUGCCCUGCGUGUGGCAGGGGCGGACGAUCCUCGUGAUGGACGUGGUUACCGUGCCGCCGCCGUACACUCCCAGCAGCUGCGCCGCCAAGGCAGGGGAGACGGGCGCGCUCGAGCGCAUAAAGCGCGUGCUGACGGCGGAGCGGCAGCGGCUGGGGCUGGCAGUGUAA